UGGCGCCCGCGGGGAGGGCGGUUGCGUGGCCCGAAGGUCCAGGACGGGGUUUCGGGGAGGUGGGGGAUCGUUCUAGCCGUGUGCCCCCUUCUCUUGUGCGAGCGCGGGCGCGCCUCGAACUCCCGGGACCGGCCAGGCUGGGCGCGGGGCGCCGCUCCCGAGACCUGGAGGAGUCCGCUCCUCCCGCGUAGCCCUGGACCGUGGAGGUUCGCCGGGACUGGUGGCUGGAGAAACGCGACUCGGACGGGAAGUCCUUCCUGCGUCCGGCCGGGGUUUCUUGAUGCGGAGCCGAGUAACUGUGUGUUUUUGCGUUCAGCCCAUUUCUUGCGGCUCAUCGGGCGCGCGGAGUUUGCGGCGUACCUGCGGAGAUCGUACCUGCGGAGAUCGCACCUGCGGAGGGCUUACCUGCGCCUGAGGAGGAGGAAGGGCAAGAUCCAGCCUGAGGGACCCGCGCUCCAGCCUCUCUGCAUAAGUCCCCAGGUGGGGCGAAGCUUCCCCGUCUUUGCUCUCGUCCCCGGCCCCAGCGUGGGCCACCGGCUACAAGAUGAACUGUCGCUCAGAGGUGCUGGAGGUGUCGGUGGAGGGGCGGCAGGUGGAGGAGGCCAUGCUGGCUGUGCUGCACACGGUGCUCCUGCACCGCAGCACCGGCAAGUUCCACUACAAGAAGGAGGGCACCUACUCCAUUGGCACUGUGGGCACCCAAGACGUUGACUGCGACUUCAUCGACUUCACCUAUGUGCGCGUCUCCUCUGAGGAGCUGGACCGCGCCCUGCGCAAGGUCGUCGGGGAGUUCAGGGAUGCCCUGCGAAACUCCGGGGGCGAUGGGCUGGGGCAGAUGUCCUUGGAGUUCUAUCAGAAGAAGAAGUCUCGCUGGCCUUUCUCAGACGAGUGCAUCCCCUGGGAAGUGUGGACGGUCAAGGUGCACGUGGUGGCCCUGGCCACGGAGCAGGAGCGGCAGAUCUGCCGGGAGAAGGUGGGUGAGAAACUCUGCGAGAAGAUCAUCAACAUUGUGGAGGUGAUGAACCGGCACGAGUACCUUCCCAAGAUGCCCACGCAGUCGGAGGUGGACAACGUGUUUGACACAGGCUUGCGGGACGUGCAGCCCUAUCUCUACAAGAUCUCCUUCCAGAUCACCGAUGCCCUGGGCUCCUCUGUCACCACCACCAUGCGCAGGCUCAUCAAAGACACCCUGGCCCUCUAGGCGUCGCUGGGGCCUUGGGCGCUCCUUGAUGGCUUGCGGACCUUGGCUUCUGGGGAUCGUACUGUUAGGCCCUGUUAGCCCUUGGGGCUCUGGAACCCGCUCCAGGUCCUUGAGGAGACUUGGAAGGGCCACCCCUGGCUUCCUGUUGUGUGGUUGCCAGUCUCUGGUCAUCCUUGUCACCUUCACUGAUGGUCAAGUCCGGCCUACACUGUCUCUCUGCACCCCUGGUGGGGGUCCCCUUUCCUUCGCUGUACAGAGGAGCCGUCACUAGGAUGGUGAAUAAAGUUGAGAAAGUGA